CUGAGAGCUGAUUUCAAACUUUCGUGUUAAAAAAUUUUGCUUCUCGAUUUCGGUGCGUGGAAAAGUUCUGUUUUCGGUGGUAAUUUCGUGUCGAUUGCGGAUUUGCGUUGCGGGAUUUUGAAGAGGAACUGUACCGGAAGUGAAACGCGAAUGUGACGGAACCGGGCAUUAUGUGGAACGCGGAUUUUGGCCGUUUUAAUUUGGGCUGGCGGCGGAUGCUAUCCCAUCAGAAACGCAAGUGAUUGGCGUAGUUUUUUUUUUCUUUUUGUUCCCUCUGCCCUCUUGUGUUGGACCGCUGAGACGGAAAAGGAACAGAGAGCGGGGUGGUUUGUGUGCAGGGUAAAAGCAAAAAGUGGCAAGAAAUCGAUUCCCGCGGGUGAAUCAAAAAGAGAAAAAAGGCCUAUCGAACGAGGGCUGGAGAAUUUGCCAGAAGAAUUAGAACGAAGGAGUGUUGACCUGGUUAGAUUAGGUGGAUUUUUUUCGUCCUUCCUUUUGUUGGGGUUUUUGAAGACGGGACAGGUGCAGGUGAUCCUGUCCCCGGGUGGAGUGAAAAGAUUUGACUUGGGGCUCAGGAUAUUUGUGUGCUGGGUGGGAUGUCCGCAUCUGGUAGUUCUUCACCAGGCAGCAACAGCAGUAAUAACAUCACCAGCAGCAGCACGGGUCUGGAGGCGCCGAGUUCCGACCGCCGAAAUAGCAGUUCCGGUGGUGGUUCCGGCAGAACUCCCCGCAAACUAUCCGCUACUAGUUCCGCGGGGAGCAACGGAACCAAUUCCGGCCACAACAACCAUCAUAACAACAAUAACAACAGCUCCUGCAUCUGGUGCGGGGAAAGCAAAACUCCGCUCAAGUACAUCCUACCGACCCAGAACGGUAAGAAGGAAUUUUGCUCCGAAACCUGCAUCAUCGAGUUCCGGAAGGCGUACAGUAAGGGGGCGUGCAUUCAGUGCGAUAAUGUGAUACGGGCCAAUGCACCGAAACCCAACUAUUGUUCCACGUUUUGCAUGAAGAAGCAUCAGAAGAAAUCGACCACCGGGGGUGGUGGUGGCCUCUCCACACUAGCCGGUGCCGCCGGGGAACCGUCAUCCUCUUCGUCCCCGUCGUCGUUAACGGCUGACGGUUCCGGAUCAUCCGGUUCGGGUGGCUCGGCUGCUUCGUCCGGUAUUAGCACCAAAUUGAAUGGAAAUAACAACAAUAACAAUGGUACCGCCGGAAGUACCAAUGGUCGGAGGAGUAAUGGAAACCGAUCGCCGGCACAAGAGUCCAGUUCGGCUAUGAGAGUUAGUCCGGUUACAACAACCUGCUCGACGGGUCCAUUCCAGUACGAGAGCUUUCACGUAUUCGAUUGGACCGAAUAUCUGCGCGAAUCGGGCAGCGUACCGGCACCGGCAGAAUGCUUCAAGCAGGCAGUUGGCCCCCCGACGAACGAGUUCAAAAUUGGCAUGAAGCUGGAGGCGGUCGAUCCGCGCAACGUCACCUCCACAUGUAUAGCAAGCGUGGUCGGGGUGCUGGGCUCCCGGUUACGACUUCGGCUGGACGGGGGUGACAACAAGAACGAUUUUUGGCGCCUGGUCGAUUCGAACGAGAUCCAUCCGAUUGGGCAUUGUGACAAGAUGGGCGAGAUGUUGCAGCCCCCGUUAGGGUUCCGCAUGAAUGCCAGCAGUUGGCCGACGUUUCUGCAGAAAACGCUCAACGGGGCCCAGAUAGCUCCGGAACAUAUCUUCAUGCCGGAACCACCCACGCCCAAGUGCAAUUUGUUUCAGGUUGGACAAAAACUAGAAGCUGUAGAUAAGAAAAAUCCCCAAUUGAUUUGCUGUGCCACGGUAGAUGCUGUGAAAGAGGAUCAGAUCCAUGUAACGUUUGACGGGUGGCGAGGUGCGUUCGACUAUUGGUGUCGGUAUGAUUCGCGCGACAUUUUCCCAGUGGGCUGGUGUGCCAGAAGUUGCCAUCCGAUGCAACCGCCGGGUCAGAAGAACAAAAUGGACGGAGGCAGUGCCCGAUCCAAAGGACGUUCUUCGUUUGCCAUGAUAUCCGAGCCGGACUCGAUGACCCCGGCCACACCAGUGACGGCCCAUUUCCACAGCCGAUGUAAAGGUGGACCUUUUAUCAACAGCUCAAAGCUACCGUCAAUGGUGACGGCACCAAAUCAUCAGACGCUGGCAAAGCUUUGUCUGCAGGAAGUACUGGCGGCAUCCAAGGAUCAUGCUCAGCUUUCCCCGUUAUUGUUUGGCCUCGAUGGCGAAGUGCAUAUAGUUACGGCAGCAGGAAAAAAUUUUACCGUCAAAAUCCCUGCCAACAUUCGUUCCAAGGGAAACCAUGGUCUUUCAGAGUUUCUCGAAGUUCUUUGCAUCGCUUGUAAAGCUUGCAGUCAUCUGAUAACCCUGGAACCGGGACCUGAACAGUGCGAUGCGUGUAUGGUACAAUCACCUUCCCUCAAGAGGCCUAUCAAAACGGAACCCACAGUGAGGUCAGCUAGUCCACCUCCAACGGCUGCUUCCUCUCCGAAAGCAGCGGCAACGACGCGCGAACCACAACAACCGAAAUCACAGGACAACCCGCGGAGCCCAUCACCCAAACGGAAAGCUGUCGAACAGCGAACCGCAACAUCGACCACAAAUAAUACCGAGCAUAGCUCGCUUUCCCCAACCCCAGUCAGUGUUGCAACCGUACAACCAACGCCAUCAUCAACAUCCGCGGUCAGUAGUCCGGUGAAUCCGACGAUAUCCCUAGCUCCAAACGUCACCAACAUAAAAACGGAAGCAAAUUGUCCGUUGCCUGUUCCGGUUGCUGCACCCGUAGCUGUUGCUCCUUCAUCUUCAAUCGUGUCGGCAUCGGCCGCUUCGCCUGCACAAGCUCCCAGCACGCACCCAGCUGCAACACCGCCAGUCGUUCCCAGUGCUAGCAUUGCCUGUGCACCCGCCUCAUCCGUAGCCUUGGUCCCUAGCCUUAUACCCUUGCAACCGAGCGAUUCCCUAUCCGUACCAUUCCAACCUGCACCAUCUUCAUCAACUCUGAUCCCAGCUGCAGUUGCAAUAGCUCCUCCAAACCUAACGAUCCCUGCUACGGCAAACGCUGCUGCUGCUGCUGCAACUAUGCUCGGUGUGCACCACCAUCAUCAUCAUCCCGCCGUUUCGGCAGUCCCGAUGCCACUAGCUAGCACAAUGAUCCCGAUUCCUCCCUCGGCACUGGCAGCCGUUGCGGCGGCCGCGGCACCAAUCCCAACAGCAGCCCCAGUUCCCACGGCACCAAUGCAGCUUCCGUUGUCGGUGCCGGUGUCGAUGCCGGUGCCAGUACCCAGCACUAGUCCACAGAUGCCCCGCGGCCAGACCAGCGAUUGGACGAUCGAAGAUGUGAUACAGUUCAUCGCCGUACAGGAUCCCUCGUUGGCGGUGCAUGCAGACCUAUUUCGGAAACAUGAAAUCGAUGGCAAAGCGCUGCUGCUGCUGAACAGCGACAUGAUGAUGAAGUACAUGGGCCUGAAGCUGGGACCAGCCCUAAAGAUCUGCAACCUGGUGAGCCGAGUCAAGGGCCGGCGACACAGCAUGUCCAACAUGUAACGAUUAGCUACGAGGAAAAUUCGUACCCUCUAAAAAAUAUCCUUUGUGUACAGAAUCAAAACCCAUUUGCCCCUACCCAGAAACUCUCCACGACUCCCGUCGCAUUCCUCCCAAAUUUGUCAUGAACUGUUUUUUCAUUAUUAUUUUUUAUUAACUUUUUAACGACGAUUCAUACAACAAAUGUAGCUUUCACCGGGCUAUCGUAAAGCAAACAAAACAAAAAUCUAUACACACGUGAAGUUUGUACUACAAAAUAACGACCAUAAGCUACCGAUGAAGAAAACAUGUAAACAAAUAUGCUAACCACCUACAAAGCGAGAAACCAAGAGGAACAGAGAACAUAACAAAAGGAACACUCAGCCAUAUUCAACCAGUAUGUUUUACGUUUCACAUAAACGAGCAAAAACUAAAUAUUAACACACUGCACUCCGAAAUGAUUUACAGAAUUGCUAAACAACAUCAAAAGUAGAAGUAACUUUUAAAAUACCACCCCGCUAAUCCACAUCCACACAAAUACAUAAUAAAUGCAGCAACAAAAUCCAAUCCACACAUAAUACACACACACACAAGUUGAACUAGUGAUAAGUAAUGCAGAUAUUGAUGGUGUAAAUUGCAUUGUAGAGCAAACGGAAGAAUGUUAGCAAGAGGCAUUUGUUUUUUAUUUUGUUUUAAAAAAAACCCAAUAGUUGACUUAUUGCUACUACCUGCACACCAGUUGUGAAAUUUUGAUACGCAUGUAGGGACAGAGAAAAUAGAUUUUUCUUUUCUAAGAAGUUUGUUUGAAACUUCUGACUAGUUUGAAGCGCAUUCUCCGACAACAAUGAUGACUCGUUUCACUUUCUUGAGAAAAUAGUCUCCAAAUGGUCCAGCACAGAGGGAGGAGGCCUUCAUCGAAUAAUUCAGGUGUAAUUAAUAUUCUUUGUCUAUGUUGUAAAAAGAGAUAAUUUUAGACAACUAUUAGUUUUUAAUGUUUUUCAUUUCUCUUCCACAAAAUCAAACAACACUCGAGCAGCGAAAGUGGUGCGACAGCAAAUACAAUACCUAUACAGAGCAUCCUUCAAAGCUGUUGAGUAGAGAAUCUAUAAUCCGGAUAUGUUGAAAGAACAAGAAAAUAAAACAGAAACACAUAUUUAUUGGGCUUAGCAAGGAGGAACGUGGAAGAAAGAAGAACAACAGAAAAAUAAAAGUGCGCAAGGCAAGAGACAGUGGUCUAGCACGUGAAUAUAUUGUAAUACGAAAUGUCCUGGAGUAUGAUGGUAAUACAUAUAGUUCACAACCUUAGGUAUCAUUAAAAUCAGUAAUCCUUAUGAGCAAAUACAAACA